UUGAAUGAUAUUAGAAAUGUGAAUCGCCCACUUUUGUCCUCUUUGCUGUCGUUCAUUCAUGGCGAGGCAGAUAAGAGUGUGGCCCCAGGCUCUGACAAGCCCUGCGAAGGUGUAGCUACAUCACUUCGCUUUCCUUCACAACCUGGGUCAUUCUCACCGAGUAAUUAUGGAAGCGAAGCUGGGCAAGCAGACGGACCAGAAUCUCCAGUAAAAACAUCCCCUGUUUCGGAGCGAAUAAAGGCACUUGAAGCUCUUGCUGCAAAAAAGAGAGAAUUCGACUUUAGAGGUGAUGGAAGUUUUACUCACUUCAGGGAUCGCCACCAAGAGAAAUCUUCCACAGGGAUCCCCAAACUUCCGCCAGAGACCUCCAAACCUCCACCCGAGACCUCCAAACCUCCACCCGAGACCUCCAAACCUCCACCCGAGACCCCCAAACCUCCACCCGAGACCCCCAGACCUCCGCCUGAGACCCCCAAACCUCCCAAUGAGAAAGUUGUUCCAUACACCGAGAAAGUUGUUCCAAAAACUGAGAAAAUGGGAAGCUCUGCUGAUCAGGAGUCACCAGAAUCACCCUUUGAGGAUCUUGGAGACAUGAGACAAGUAAGUGAGUUUGAAGAAACAGAAGAGUGGAUGAAGGCUCAUUUGCCUCCGGUGCUGGAUUUUGAUGCCGUAUGUUUGAGUAAAGACAGUAACAAUGCUGCAGUAAAGGACUUUGAUGAAGCUGACCCCCCUUCCGCGUUUGCCGGUGUCCCAGAUGCUUUUAUGGAUUCUCCUGUUGAAGCCCCAAAACAGGCAGAUGAAGCAAGUGGUGCACAACAGCAGCCUGAAGUUGAGGAGGAAUUUGAUAUAAGCUUUUUGCCGACAGCCUACGUGUGGAAUCAACAGGAAAAAUCUGGUGUUCAGGCUCCAUUUAAUUUGAGUUCAGCAAUUCCUCCUUCCUCCCCUCCAACUGGCUCUGACACUCAACAGAAUGUUCCGCAAGAAGAAAAAGUUUCUUGGGCUGGGGAUUCAGAACACCCAGAGCCAAGUGAAGCAGAUAGCUCAGGAGAGUCAGAUGACACUGUAAUUGAAGAUGGAGUCUCUGCUCCUGCGUCUUCACUCCCGCCAUCUAUUGAUUCCCUUAUUUCAAAUGAGGCUACCAGUAUCCCCACUUCUACAGCCACUGAACCUUCCUCUGCUGAGAAGGAGGUUCCUCCCCCGAGGUCUGAGAGGAAACUAAUGCAGGUUCCAACAAUAAAUGUUAUAGAGACAGAUGAGCCAAAUUACAGUGAUGAGGAGAUGGAAAUGGAAAUGGAAAUUGAGCCGGAGCCGGAGGAAGAUGAGGACUAUGAGGUGGUUAAAGAUCCAGCCACAGAAUCUUCCAAAGCAAUAGAACCAGAGCCAGAAAUUGGUCAGACUCCCAAAACACGGCCCUUAGAAACUGAAUUCAUGGAAGGCUAUUCACCUCCGUCAUCACCUGUGGAUUCUGAUGCUGAAUCGCCCGAACACAAGGUCCUUAAAAUGACAAAAGAAACGGGUCAUGAGCAGUCUCCCGCUAAAUCUGAGGUCCUACCUGAUCCAUCUGUUUCAAGAGACCCUACAUCUGGUUUUCCGCAAGAGCAAUCGAAUAAUUCACAUACAACUAAAAAUGAUGAAAACGAUAAGCCAACCCCUUUUGAACACAGAAAUGAAGAGGUGGACUUCCCAGACAAUGGCGAUGAGUGGUCCGAUGAAGUACAAGAUAUGCUAGUCAAACCUAGAGAGACUGAGCUUUCAUUUAAGCCACCAGCUCCUUACAGCCAAUCCAAAGAAGAUGAAAAGGGCAAUAGAACAGCAAAAGAAGCUUAUAUGGAAACCUCUCCAAUUUCUGUAAGCAGUUUCAUGCAGGACGAUAUUUAUGACCGACAAUCAUUUGAUUACGACUAUGAUUUAACCUCUCCUUUGGAUCAAGAGGAUGCUAAAGGGCUAAAUAACACCAAAGAGAGUUUUCUCUCUGAUCCCUCACAAAAUGAUAUUGCUGAAGACAGGCCAAGUCCAGACAGCACAAUUUCAUUGAAUGGGGAUGAGGCCGUCGGCAGUUUUUUGGGUCAAACGUCUCCCGAGGAAUAUCCUCAAAACCCGUAUUCCAGUUUCCAAACAGAGACACAAAGCAGUAUCAGCAAACAAGACUCCAUUAAGAAAGUGACUGCUGAAAUAGUUGCAGAUAACAUAGAAAACGGCAACUCCCCCCCAUCUCUUGAACCAGGCGCAACCACCCAACAGGAAAUGAGAGUGGAUCGCUCUGCCCCUGAAACAUCAACCAGCUUAGAUAGGCUCAACAGUGACAGUGUUGCUUCUGAACCUACAGAUAGUUUUGUUGAAUUUAUGAGAGAGUGCCUGAAGUCUAAGCAAGAUGUAGAAAAGGAUGAUGUUCUUCAAGACGGGCCCUUUAAGAGUGACCUUAGCAAAACUGGUUUCCUUCCCUCCCAAAACCCCCCAAGCAUGGUGACAGACUUCGAAGAAGAACUUACGAUCAGUGCUCUCAAAGAGUUGGGUAGCAGUCAAGAUGAAGAAGAGUUGAUUCUCCCGCUGUCAUCAGUUUCUGAGCAGAAUCAAGAGAACCCCGACGCUACAUCUUCACAGCCGUCUUCCUUCACCUCGGUUCCUCAUACUCCUUGUUCACAAAGCAGCUGUGUGCUCGACAACACGUAUUCCAAAGAGGUGGAAGCCAUUGACGAAUGGGUGGCUGAAGCCUACCAUCUUGCCGAGCAUGUCUUGACAGCAAUACUAACCCACUUCUCAGUUAAGGACCUGAUCCACUGGCGCGACCCCAAGAAGUCGGGCCUGGUGUUCGGCCUGUCCAUGCUGCUGCUGCUGUCGCUGGCCGCCUUCAGCGUCAUCAGCGUGGCCUCCUACCUGCUGCUCGCCCUGCUCUGCGUCACCAUCACCUUCCGCAUCUACAAGUCGGUCGUCCAGGCUGUGCAGAAGUCCAACGAAGGACACCCUUUCAAAGUCCUCAUCGAGAAGGAUGUCAGCAUCCCUCCAGAGACCUUCCGCAAGCACGUGGACGCCAGUCUGACCUACAUCAACCGGGCCCUGAAGCAGAUGAGCCGCCUCUUCCUGGUCGAGGACCUUGUGGACUCCCUGAAGGUGAGCAGCCGCAGCCUCAGCCACCGUCUCUCCGACUUUCUGAGCCUUCUCCCGCUGGCUGUGGUCAUGUGGCUGCUGACCUACGUCGGAGCAGUGUUUAACGGAAUCACCAUUCUCAUCCUGGCUGAUAUCCUGCUCUUCGCUGUGCCUCCCAUCUAUGAGAAGAAUAAGGUAGGUGUUAACCUCCGCACACACACACAGCCAAACACAAAAUGA